GAUACACGCGCUACUAACUAAUGAUUCCUCUUCAACGAAGUAGGAUAGUUGUUUGCCGUAUUUCUUUGAUGUUUCAUCCAAUGGCAAAAUCCAUUUGUAUUUGCUAGCUUUAAAAAAUAUUUUUUUCAGAAAUUUUAUGAUUUAAUAUCGUCGUCGAAUAUUCCACCCAAAGAGCUAAAAUGAAGCAUGUCGGAAUUGAGAAAUCCUCGGAGCUUCGUACCAUGCUACGUGUGUGGCCGCCUCUGCCCCCAACAUUCUCUCAGAUUCCACCAGCCCAAGUGCCUGUUGCGCUGGAGGGCGGACAAUGAGAGAAAGCCCCCGCACCAGCGAGACCCCACUCCUGUAGAUCCAAAGUUCUGGGGACAGGACGACGAAGAGAGCACCGAAUCCCUGGACAUCAGCAAGGCUGAAAGAGACAGUGAAGUCCGUCCCGCCACUCGAACGCUGCUCAAUCCGACACCCAAUAUUGUCCACCCAGUUAUAUCCUCAGUUACAAAGGCCAAAGGACCGCAGAACGUCACCAUACAAGAGCAGCCCAGUUUCAGGCAGCGAAUAUACGACAACGAACAAGCUUCUCCACCAAUCGAUAGCCGAAGAUCCCGAGCCUCCUCCCCGUGCUGCCUGUCCGUACAUACUCUACUGAGGUCCCGUUCUAACAGGCGUCCUUCAGUCCGCAAAGUGCGCCCCACCAUGGACGACGACAGACCAGCAGCCCCGCACAGAGCCGGACGGCUGCCCAUUCGAGUCUACAAGCCGGUACACCGGCCGCCGCAACAGGUGAUCAAGGGGACAGAGACUUCCCGCGUAGUGGCCGAUAAGGGUGGGCCGCCCUUAGAGGGUGGAGGUUUCACCAGAUGUGGCAUGUGUGGUGAACAAGUUGACAUGAGGAAACUAAAAGCCCAUGAAUCCAAUUGUCUGAAGAUGCGAGGACUUCGAUCUUCGAAAGCAGCCUCUCGGAGACCUCCUACGAUCAUCUGCUACAUAUGUGGUCGCCAGUUCGGCACCAAAUCCAUCAGUCUUCACGAACCUCAUUGCCUCAAAAAAUGGCACUUGGAGAACGACAAACUGCCAAAAAAUCUGAGGCGAGCAGAGCCGAAGAAACCUGAAGUCAUACUCAGAGGGGACGGCUCCUUCGAUACAGCCGCCAUGUCUGAAGCUGCCUGGCAGAUGCAUUUGCAGCAACUCGUCCCCUGUGAGAACUGCGGCAGGACAUUCCUGCCGGACAGGUUAGAAGUGCAUCUCAGGGGAUGCAACGGCGAUAACAGACGAGCCAAGGUCAGAAGAUAACACUUGGAAGUGACUGGAAAGAAAUGCAUAGGAAUAGCGAGCUUACUCCUUCUUUUCUCACACGUCAUUGUCUCUUUCUAAUAAAAUUUGCG